AUUAUAUACUAGAGCUGGUGUCAUUCUAUAUAGCUGCUGGGAUGUCGCUUCCCAGCUAACCAUCCCGUGCUCUCGCGCGUUCCGAUAUAUCGCAACUACCCAGCCCCUUAACAAACGCACUAACUUGAUCUGUUACGUUGCAUCUGCUCGCAAGCUACAUUCAACUCCCUCAUCCGUGCAACCAUGGCCGUGUCGGAGGUGGUCGUUGAUGGCGUCGUCUUCCCGCCGGUCUCCCGCCCCCCGGGCUCCGGCCGCUCGCACUUCCUCGCCGGCGCAGGUGUGCGCGGGAUGGAGAUUGGUGGCAGCUUCAUCAAAUUCACCGCCAUCGGCGUGUACCUGGAGGACGCGGCCGUGCCGGCGCUGGCCAAGCGGUGGGCCGGGAAGACGGUAGAUGAGCUCGCGUCCGACGCCGCCUUCUUCCGCGACGUUGUCACGGGCGAGUUCGAGAAGUUCACGAGGGUGACGAUGAUCCUGCCGCUCACCGGCGAGCAGUACUCCGAGAAGGUGACGGAGAACUGCGUGGCGUACUGGAAGGCCACCGGCGUGUAUACGGACGCCGAGGGCCUCGCCGUGGAGAAGUUCAAGGAGGCCUUCAAGCCCGAGAGCUUCCCGCCGGGCGCGUCCAUCCUCUUCACCCACUCACAAGCCGGAGUCCUCACCGUUGCGUUCUCCAAAGACUCGUCGGUGCCGGACUGCGGCGUGGCGAUAGAGAACAAGGCGCUCUGCGAGGCGGUGCUGGAGUCCAUCAUCGGGGAGCACGGUGUCUCGCCGGCGGCAAAGCGGAGCAUUGCGACGAGGGUGUCGGUGCUCCUCUCUAAGGAAGCCACCCCCAGCGACGCCCCACGACCGGAGCCUGUCCCGGUUUCUGCCUCUUCGUGAGCGAACCGCGACGAGAAUCAGCUGAUCGAGCGCAAUGACAUCUGUUUUGUCUUGUAGAGGCGUUGUGAUCGAUCCCAUACCGUCCCCUUCCCUGUUCGUGUUUUUCAAACGAAGUUCCCUCAGCCGUCGGUAACCUGAAUAAAAAACGCAUAUAUGUUUCAGUGCAUAAUUUUUUUUCCAUGUUUUAUGUUGCUUAGUAGAUUUUACAUGGCCGGCAUGUUCUGUGGUCCUGUUUGCGUUUUCCAUGUUUUGCCGUGCAUAUAUGUCUUAGUCAACAAUUUGUCUAGACCGUUAUGUUCUUGAGUAGUAUUUCAUUGGCUUGUAUUCCA